GUGUUGAGUAACAUGCAGCACCUGUCUGCAUCAAUGCCAAGUGAGUUUUUCUCUGCUGAACAUCAGAAACUCUGGUUGGGUGUCAGACGCUGGCCGUGAGCUCCGGGGAUAUGUUUUGCCAUGAAUUUAAACCUAAGGUGGUGGUUUAUCAUUUAAGACUGAAUUGCACUGUGUAUUUCCACGCCCUGCCCGCUGAUUUUAUUAACUCGUUUAGACUCCAGGCCCGCAUAGCUCACAGAAUACAAGAGCUGGAAAACCUGCCUGGCUCCCUGCCACCGGAUUUACGAACCAAAGCCACCGUGGAACUGAAGGCACUUCGGUUACUCAAUUUCCAACGUCAGCUGAGGCAGGAGGUGGUGGCCUGCAUGCGCCGGGACACAACCCUCGAGACGGCCCUCAACUCCAAGGCGUACAAACGGAGCAAGCGCCAGACGCUGAGGGAAGCCCGCAUGACAGAGAAGCUGGAGAAGCAGCAGAAGAUUGAGCAGGAGAGGAAACGCCGGCAGAAGCACCAGGAAUACCUGAACAGCAUUUUGCAACAUGCAAAAGACUUCAAGGAGUACCAUCGGUCUGUGGCCGGCAAGAUCCAGAAGCUUUCGAAAGCCGUGGCGACAUGGCACGCCAACACCGAGAGGGAGCAGAAGAAAGAGACUGAGCGGAUCGAAAAGGAGAGGAUGCGGAGACUGAUGGCUGAAGAUGAAGAAGGCUAUAGAAAGCUGAUUGAUCAAAAGAAAGACAGGCGUCUAGCUUACCUUUUGCAGCAGACAGACGAGUAUGUAGCCAACCUGACCAACCUGGUUUGGGAGCACAAGCAAGCCCAAGCAGCCAAAGAGAAGAAGAAGAGGAGGAGGAGGAAGAAGAAGGCUGAAGAGAAUGCAGAAGGAGGGGAGUCUGCCCUGGGGCCAGAUGGAGAGCCCAUAGAUGACAGCAGCCAGAUGAGCGACCUGCCGGUCAAGGUGACCCACACGGAAACCGGAAAGGUCCUCUUUGGACCAGAAGCUCCCAAAGCAAGUCAGCUGGACGCCUGGUUGGAAAUGAACCCUGGCUACGAAGUUGCCCCUCGGUCUGACAGUGAGGAGAGUGAUUCCGACUACGAGGAAGAGGAUGAGGAAGAAGAGUCCAGUAGGCAAGAAAUGGAAGAGAAAAUACUUCUGGAUCCAAACAGUGAAGAAGUGUCCGAGAAGGACGCUAAGCAGAUCAUUGAGACGGCCAAGCAGGACGUGGACGACGAGUACAGCAUGCAGUACAGUGCGCGGGGCUCCCAGUCCUACUACACUGUGGCUCACGCCAUCUCCGAGCGGGUGGAGAAGCAGUCGGCCCUCCUCAUCAACGGGACCCUGAAGCAUUACCAGCUCCAGGGCCUGGAAUGGAUGGUUUCGCUGUAUAAUAACAAUCUGAAUGGAAUCUUAGCGGAUGAAAUGGGGCUGGGGAAGACCAUCCAGACCAUUGCACUCAUUACAUAUUUGAUGGAGCACAAAAGACUCAAUGGCCCCUACCUCAUCAUUGUGCCCCUCUCGACUCUAUCUAACUGGACAUAUGAAUUUGACAAGUGGGCGCCUUCUGUGGUGAAAAUUUCCUACAAGGGCACCCCUGCCAUGCGCCGCUCCCUAGUCCCCCAGCUACGAAGUGGCAAAUUCAACGUCCUUUUGACAACUUAUGAGUACAUUAUAAAAGACAAGCACAUUCUUGCCAAGAUCCGGUGGAAAUACAUGAUCGUGGACGAAGGCCACCGCAUGAAGAACCACCACUGCAAGUUGACCCAGGUCUUGAAUACUCACUACGUGGCCCCGAGAAGGGUUCUCUUGACGGGGACCCCACUGCAGAACAAGCUCCCUGAACUCUGGGCCCUCCUCAAUUUCCUCCUCCCCACAAUCUUCAAGAGCUGCAGCACCUUCGAGCAGUGGUUCAAUGCCCCGUUUGCCAUGACUGGAGAAAGGGUGGACUUAAAUGAGGAAGAAACUAUAUUGAUCAUCAGACGUCUGCAUAAGGUAUUGAGACCGUUUCUGCUGAGGAGACUGAAGAAAGAAGUAGAAUCCCAGCUUCCAGAAAAAGUCGAAUAUGUGAUCAAGUGUGACAUGUCAGCUCUGCAGAAGAUUCUGUAUCGCCACAUGCAAGCCAAGGGGAUCCUCCUCACAGACGGUUCUGAGAAAGAUAAGAAGGGGAAAGGAGGUGCGAAGACACUCAUGAAUACCAUCAUGCAGUUGAGAAAAAUCUGCAAUCACCCGUAUAUGUUCCAGCACAUCGAGGAAUCCUUUGCUGAACACCUGGGCUAUUCCAAUGGAGUCAUCAAUGGGGCUGAGCUGUACCGGGCCUCAGGAAAGUUUGAGCUGCUGGACCGCAUUCUGCCAAAGCUGAGAGCAACAGGCCACCGCGUGCUGCUCUUCUGCCAGAUGACCUCCCUCAUGACCAUCAUGGAGGACUACUUUGCCUUCCGGAACUUCCUUUACCUGCGCCUCGACGGCACCACCAAGUCGGAAGACCGUGCUGCUCUGCUGAAGAAAUUCAACGAACCUGGGUCCCAGUACUUCAUUUUCUUGCUGAGCACAAGAGCUGGAGGCCUGGGCUUAAAUCUUCAGGCGGCCGACACUGUGGUGAUCUUCGACAGUGACUGGAACCCCCACCAGGAUCUGCAGGCGCAGGACCGGGCUCACCGCAUCGGCCAGCAGAACGAGGUGCGCGUUCUGAGGCUGUGCACGGUGAACAGCGUGGAGGAGAAAAUUCUCGCCGCUGCCAAGUACAAGCUGAAUGUGGACCAGAAGGUCAUCCAGGCGGGCAUGUUUGACCAGAAGUCUUCGAGCCACGAGCGGCGGGCGUUCCUGCAGGCCAUCUUGGAGCAUGAAGAGGAAAACGAGGAAGAAGACGAGGUCCCGGAUGAUGAGACCCUGAACCAGAUGAUUGCUCGGCGGGAAGAAGAAUUCGAUCUUUUCAUGCGUAUGGACAUGGACCGGCGCCGGGAGGAUGCUCGGAACCCGAAGCGCAAACCUCGCUUAAUGGAGGAAGACGAGCUGCCCUCCUGGAUCAUUAAAGAUGACGCCGAGGUGGAGAGGCUGACGUGUGAAGAAGAGGAAGAGAAGAUAUUUGGCAGGGGGUCUCGCCAGCGCCGCGAUGUGGACUACAGUGACGCCCUCACGGAGAAGCAGUGGCUAAGGGCCAUUGAAGACGGCAAUUUGGAAGAAAUGGAAGAGGAAGUGCGGCUUAAGAAGCGAAAAAGACGAAGAAAUGUGGAUAAAGAGCCUGCAAAAGAAGAUGUAGAAAAAGCCAAGAAGAGGAGAGGCCGUCCCCCAGCUGAGAAACUAUCACCCAACCCCCCAAAACUGACAAAGCAGAUGAAUGCAAUCAUAGAUACUGUGAUCAACUACAAAGACAGGUGUAACGUGGAGAAGGUGCCCGGUAAUUCUCAGUUGGAAAUAGAAGGAAACAGUUCAGGGCGGCAGCUCAGCGAGGUCUUCAUUCAGUUACCAUCAAGGAAAGAAUUACCAGAAUACUAUGAAUUAAUUAGGAAGCCCGUGGAUUUCAAAAAAAUAAAGGAGAGAAUUCGUAAUCAUAAGUACCGGAGCCUGGGUGACCUGGAGAAGGACGUCAUGCUUCUCUGCCACAACGCUCAGACCUUCAAUUUGGAGGGCUCCCAGAUCUACGAAGACUCCAUUGUCUUGCAGUCAGUGUUUAAAAGUGCCCGGCAGAAAAUCGCCAAAGAGGAAGAGAGCGAAGAUGAAAGCAAUGAGGAGGAGGAAGAGGAGGAUGAAGAGGAGUCUGAGUCUGAGGCGAAAUCUGUUAAGGUGAAAAUCAAGCUCAACAAAAAAGAUGAGAAAGGACGGGAUAAAGGAAAAGGCAAGAAAAGGCCGAAUCGAGGAAAAGCCAAACCCGUUGUGAGCGAUUUCGACAGUGAUGAAGAGCAGGAUGAGAAUGAACAGUCAGAAGCAAGUGCGACUGAUGAUGAGUGAUCGCCGGGGACCUUUUUUUUCCUUGGUAGGACUGAGUUCCUCCCUCCUCUCUCUCAUUUUGACCCAGUGAGUUCCUUUUGUCCUAUGGUCUCUGGGCCAUUUCUAUAUUAUCAUCAUCUAUAAACUAGCUUUAGGAUAGUACCAGACAAACAUAUGUUAUCAUGGUGUAAAAAAAAGCGCGCACACACACAAACGCACACACAAAUAUUUGUAAGAUACUGUGACCAAAUGGGCCUCAAAGAUUCAAAGAUUAAAACAAACAAAAAAGCUUUUGAUGGGAAAUAUGUGGGUGGAUAGUAUAUUUCUAUGGGUUGGGUCUGAUUUGGUUAUGGUUUGACUGCCUGGUUUUAUCAUCUGUUGAGAUGAGAAGAUUUUUGUCUUUUUGUAGCACUGAUAACCAGGAGAAGCCAUUAAAAGCCACUGGUUAUUUUAUUUUUCAUCAGGCAAUUUUCGAGGUUUUUAUUUGCUCGGUAUUAUUUUUGUUUUGUUUUGUUUUUUACACUGUGGUGCGUAUAAGCAACUUUAAUAAGUGGUCAAUGUACAGUAGGUAGAUUUCACCUGCAUAUACUUUUUUUUUUUUCCUUUUUUCCUCUAUGAUCUGAAAAAGAAAUGCUUUUUGAAUUGUAUAAGAUUUAUGUCUACUGUAAACAUUGCUUAAUAUUUUGCUCUUGAUUUAAACAAAAAAAGUUUUAUUGAAAACGCUAUUGAAUAUUGCAAUCUAUAUAGUGUACUGGAUGACUUCCUUUGUCCACCUGAUCUCCUCUGUUACCAAUGUGUAUCGUCUCCUCCUCCCUAAAGUGUACUUAAUCUUUGCUUUCUUUGCACAAAGUCUUUGGUUGCAACUCAUAAGCCUGAGGCAAAUAAAAUUCCAGUAAUUUCCAAGAGUGUGGUGUUGGUGCUUUCCUAAUAAAGAGAGAAUUUAGCUCAGCAAAUGUGGCCUCUUAUUUUUGAGUCGCAGAGGAUUGAAACCCUAAUGCUUGAGUGAUGGUCUCCAGCAG